AUGGCCAAACAUCGAUUAGACCUUUUAGGAAAGAGGUUAAAGAAAGACCCAACUUUGCGUCAGAAAUAUACAGAAGGUAUCAGAGACUCUUUGCUGAAAGGAUACGCAGAAGAGGUCAUUGACCUCGACAAAGAAGAGGGUUGUGUGUGGUAUCUGCCACAUCACCCAGUGCUACAUCCACGCAAGCCCGAGAAGGUUCGUAUUGUCUUUGAUUGUGCAGCACGGUACCAAGGUACUUCAUUAAAUGAUCAUGUUCACCAAGGCCCAGACCUUACCAACAAGCUACUUGGAGUUCUUCUCAAGUUCAGGCAAGAACCAGUUGCUCUGAAUGCAGACAUCGAGAGCAUGUAUUAUCAAGUCCGAGUACCACCAGCUGAAAGAGAUGUGCUUCGCUUUUUGUGGUGGGAAUAUGACGACCCAGACAAACCACCUAAACAUUAUCGUAUGACUGCACACCUUUUUGGAGGUGUCUGGAGUCCUAGUGCUGCAAAUUUUGCUUUGCAACGAGUGGCUGAAGACAACUCUGGAAACUUCUCUGAUGUCACUGUGGAAACGGUGAGGCGAAACUUCUACGUCGAUGAUUGUCUUAAGUCGGUAUCAACAGAGGAGAUUGCCAUCAAACUUGCUUCCGAACUCCGGGAAAUGCUCGCCUGUGGAGGCUUUAGAUUAACCAAGUGGUUAAGCAAUUCCAAGGAAGUGAUGAAAUCAAUACCAGCCGAGGACUGGGCAAAAUCACUGCAUGAGGUAAACCUAGACCAAGAGGAUUUGCCAUUUGAACGAACACUGGGCGUUCUUUGGGAUGUGCAAAGAGAUUGCUUCACUUUUGACAUCAAGGCAGUGGACAAACUUGUAACAAAAAGAGGAGUAUUGAGCACUACCAGUUCUAUCUAUGAUCCUUUAGGAUUUGCAAGCCCCUUUGUACUCAAAGCAAAGGCGAUCUUUCAAGAGUUGUGCCGCAUGAAAGUCGACUGGGAUGAGGAGUUACCGCUGGACAUGGCUGCACAGUGGCGCAGAUGGUUAAAUGACUUGCCUCUGUUGUCAGCACUGACAAUUCCAAGAUGUCUCAGACCAACAUCCACUAGUUGCUUGUUAGCUACCCAGCUCCAUCACUUUUCCGAUGCUUCAGAACUGGCUUAUGGUGCUGUUUCAUACAUCAGGAUUGGUGGCACUUGCAGGCUGGUGAUGUCAAAGGCCAGACUUGCACCAAUCAAGCCAGUUAGUAUACCACGAUUGGAGCUACUAGCAGCGGUAGUUGCUACAGAGCUGGAUCAGCAUAUCAAGCGCCACUUGGAAAUUCCAAUUGAAAGGACUUUCUUUUGGACAGACAGUACUAUCGUACUUCAAUACAUCAACAACAAGCAUUGUCGUUUUAAGACCUUCGUCGCAAACCGCAUUUCAAAAAUACAUGAGAGUUCAGAACCAUGCCAGUGGAGACACAUUGAUUCUGCUUCUAACCCUGCGGAUGAUGUCUCUCGAGGAAUGAAUAUGGGAGAGAUUUUGUCGAGUGAACAGUGGGUAUCUGGUCCGCGCUUUCUACAACUUGAGGAGGAAUACUGGCCUGCUCAACCGAUCAUAAAUGAUUUGCCGGAGGAAGCAGAGGUCAAAGGAGCCAAAGAAAUCUAUGCAGCUAACGUAAAACCAAACCAAGUGAUGAAAAAUGCAAUAGACAGACUACUGGAGCGAUACUCCAGUUGGCAUCGAUUAAAAAGGGCUACUGCUAUCCUGUUGCGUGUCAAGGCUUUGUUACGCAAGAAAACAAGAGUGCAUCUUUCUGACCCCAUCACUGUUUGUGAGCUCCAACAAGCAGAGUUAGCCAUUCUCAACCAGAUACAAACUGCAUCUUUUGGAUCUUCUCAAGUCAAAACCAGUUCCCUUCUCAAGCUUAAACCCUUUAAGGAGGAGAAUAACCAACUCCUUCGUGUGGGAGGGAGACUAACACAUGCCCCAAUUCCUUUUGAGGCUAAACAUCCAGUGAUCCUACCUAACAAUCAUCACAUCACCCAGCUGAUUAUCAGUCAUUACCAUCUUCGCUUGGGUCAUGCAGGUCCAGAGCGGGUACUUACGGAAAUUCGGCAACGUUUCUGGAUAAUAAAGGGACGUGCUGUCAUCAAUCGAACUCUCAAGUCAUGUCUACAGUGUCGCAAGUUAAGAGCCAAGCCACAAAUCCAGCAAAUGGCAGACUUGCCCGACUCUAGAGUAACACCAGGUGAGCCUCCAUUCACUCGUGUGGGCGUAGACUACUUCGGGCCAUUCUUGAUUAAGAAGGCUCGCAGUGAACUCAAGAGGUAUGGAUGUUUGUUUACAUGUCUCACUACGAGAGCCAUCCACUUGGAAGUUGCGCACACUCUCGAUACUGACUCAUUCAUCAAUGCUUUACAGCGAUUUAUCGCUAGGAGAGGCCCACCCACAGAAAUGCGCUCGGAUAACGGGACUAAUUUUGUCGGUGGAUUACGAGAGUUGCGGAAAGCCAUUAGUGAAUGGAAUCAACAAAGGAUUUCUGAUUAUCUGCUACAGAAGAAUGUAAAAUGGAUCUUUAAUCCACCUGCCGCCUCCCACAUGGGUGGUGUUUGGGAGCGACAAAUUCGCACCGUCCGUUCCAUUCUAAGCAUUGUCCUAGCACAGCAGGCACCAGAUGAUGAGGGGUUGACAACACUGUUUUGCUGUGUUGAGUCUAUUGUCAAUGGUAGACCAAUCACUAAACUCUCAGACGACCCAACAGAUCCUCUACCACUCACACCAAAUCAUCUGUUGUUACUCCGUUCUGGUCCAAUUCUACCUCCAGGAGCCUUCAUAAAACAAGACGUCUACAGACGUAGAUGGCGCCAGGUGCAAUAUCUGGCAGAUGUCUUCUGGUGCAGAUGGCUCAAGGAGUAUUUACCUGCAUUGCAGCAGCGUCAAAAAUGGCUACAACCAAAGCGGAAUCUUCAAAUAGGAGAUCUUGUGCUUAUUCUGCAAGAAAACACACCACGCAAUCACUGGCCAUUAGGUCUGAUUACUCAAGUAUAUCCAGGUGCAGAUGGACUUGUGCGUACUGUGGAAGUGAAAACACAGGCAGGUGUCUUCAACCGUCCGGCUGACAAAAUCUGCCUCCUGGAAGCCAGUCUUAGUUGACUUUCUCAGUUGAAAUAGCUUAAUGGAGACAUCACCCUUCCUUUGUUUGAAUGACCUGUUCGGGUCAUUGGGGCCGGGAUGUUGGGUGCUGCCCCUUUAAGGACGCUAGUACAGUGUGCUCAGGGGAUUGAUUAGAAAAAAAAAGUUAGUUAGAGAGAAAAAAGGACACUGAGAGAAAAGAUAUGUUGUUAUGUUAAACCUUGCUAGACCAAUAGUAAAAUUCUAGUUUAAAAAAUAAUAAUAACAAAACUAUAUAUUCCCCAGCGUGGUGAGUGAUUUAUGUUAAGUGAAUUGAUAUUUUUUGAGUUGUUAUUUAGUUCGCUAUUUGCAAUUAGCGCCGAAGCGCCUAAACGGCUAAUGCUAAUGCAUAUAUAUGUUGUUUAGACGUUUGCCGGUUUGUAUUGUUUGUCGGGAUGUUCAAGCAAUAUAUGUUGUAUUUAGUACUAAAUUGCAUUUAGUUCUAAAUUGCAUUUGGUUAUGUGGGCAAUACUGCUUUAGUAAUUUUGAGUUGUUUGUGUUUUGCAGUUUGACCACACACACACGCAUGUACACAUGUAUACACACAUAAAUGUAAAAAACCAACAACACCCAAAACAACAAAUUCUGAGAAUUAAAC